AUGGAGGAGGAUCUGGUGCGGGCCAGGAGCAUGGUGUAUGAGGGUGAUAUAGCGGCGCUGCUGCCACACAAGGCCAACGGCUUCUUCCUGUGGUUGUUCCUGGGCCAUGUGAAUGUGCGGUCAUCUCGCAGGGAUGUGAGGUUCAAGGUCAAGGAGGAGUACAACAGCUACAGGAAGGCCUCACUUCGCUCCUGCUCUCUCCGCUCUUCUGCUCGCCCACCUCGUCUGCUCUCCGCGCCCUCCUUCUCUGCCCCAUCUCCUGCUCCCGCUGCUCUCUCCUCUCUCCUGCUCUCCCCACUUGCGUCGUCCUCUACCCCUGCUUUGCACGUGGCAGGAUCGCACGGCUCUCAUCUUUCUGGGUGCGCCGCCGCUGCUGCUGCUGGCAGCGAAGCAGGCCAUGAACCAGCGCUGCUUGCCAGGGCUCGUGGUGCAUGUAUACCAGGUGGGGGAGGGAUUACUAGGGGAGGGGCUAUUGAGGGAGGGGGUACAGGGAGCGACGUGGGGGACUGGGGGAGAGGGGCACUGGAGAGCGAGGGGCACUGGAGAGUGAGGGGCACUGGAGAACGAGGGGCACUGGAGAACGAGGGGCACUGGAGAACGAGGGGCACUGGAGAACGAGGGGCACUGGAGAACGAGGGGCACUGGAGAACGAGGGGCACUGGAGAACGAGGGGCACUGGAGAACGAGGGGCACUGGAGAACGAGGGGCACUGGAGAAGGAGGGGCACUGGAGAAGGAGGGGCACUGGAGAAGGAGGGGCACUGGAGAACGAGGGGCACUGGAGAACGAGGGGCACUGGAGAACGAGGGGCACUGGAGAACGAGGGGCACUGGAGAACGAGGGGCACUGGAGAAGGAGGGGCACUGGAGAAGGAGGGGCACUGCAGAACGAGGGGCACUGGAGAACGAGGGGCACUGGAGAACGAGGGGCACUGGAGAACGAGGGGCACUGGAGAACGAGGGGUACUGGAGAACGAGGGGCACUGGAGAACGAGGGGCACUGGAGAACGAGGGGCACUGGAGAAGGAGGGGCACUGGAGAAGGAGGGGCACUGGAGAAGGAGGGGCACUGGAGAACGAGGGGCACUGGAGAACGAGGGGCACUGGAGAACGAGGGGCACUGGAGAACGAGGGGCACUGGAGAACGAGGGGCACUGGAGAACGAGGGGCACUGGAGAACGAGGGGCACUGGAGAACGAGGGGCACUGGAGAACGAGGGGCACUGGAGAACGAGGGGCACUGGAGAACGAGGGGCACUGGAGAACGAGGGGCACUGGAGAACGAGGGGCACUGGAGAACGAGGGGCACUGGAGAGCGAGGGGCGCUAGGGGUGAAGCACUGGUGGUUGAUUUUGCAAGCAAACACUCUAUCCCCCUCCCGUUCUCCCCAGGCGUGGCAGCUGCUGUUCUACACGAGCCUGGCUCUGCGGGAAGCCUUGCAGCACAAGCUACCACCGUAAACCCUCCUUCCUUCCUCCCCCACCCCCUUCCCCUGUCUCCCCGCCCGCUUACCCCAGGCAUGGCUGCUGCUGUUCUACUCGAGCCUGACUCUGCAAGAAGGCAGUCCAGCGUGGCUGCUGCUGUUCUACACGAGCCUGGCUCUGCAAGAAGGCAGUCCAGCGUGGCUGCUGCUGUUCUACAGGAGCCUGGCCCUGCGGGAAAACAUUCUUCGCAUCAAUGGCAGUGA